GAUCUUCAUUCUGUCCUCUGCAUCCCAACCUUCCAGAAGCACCAUGACCUGCGGAUCAGGAUUCCGCGGCCGCACCUUCAGCUGCGUCUCGGCCUGCGGGCCCCGGCCCAGCCGCUGCUGCAUCACCGCCGCCCCGUACUGCGGCAUCUCCUGCUACCGCGGCCUCAGCGGAGGCUUCGGCAGCCGCAGCGUCUGCGGGGGCUUCCGCAGCUUCGGCUACCGCUCUGGCGGCGUGAGCGGGCCCAGCGCCCCCUGCAUCACCACCGUGUCAGUCAAUGAGAGCCUGCUCACGCCCCUCAACCUGCAGAUCGACCCCAACGCACAGUGCGUGAAGCACGAGGAGAAGGAGCAGAUCAAGAGCCUCAACAGCAGGUUUGCUGCCUUCAUCGACAAGGUGCGCUUCCUGGAGCAGCAGAACAAGCUGCUGGAGACCAAGUGGCAGUUCUACCAGAACCGCAAGUGCUGCGAGAGCAACCUGGAGCCUCUGUUCAAUGGCUACAUCGAGACGCUGAGGCGGGAGGCCGAGUGCGUGGAGGCCGACAGCGGGAGACUGGCCUCUGAGCUCAACCAUGUGCAGGAGGUGCUGGAGGGCUACAAGAAGAAGUACGAAGAGGAGGUAGCCCUGAGGGCUUCAGCUGAGAAUGAAUUUGUGGCUCUGAAGAAGGAAGUGGACUGUGCCUACCUCCAAAAGUCAGACCUGGAGGCCAACGUAGAGGCCCUGACCCAAGAGAUUGACUUCCUUCGGCGACUGUAUGAGGAGGAGAUCCGCAUCCUCCACUCCCACAUCUCAGACACCUCGGUUGUGGUGAAGAUGGACAACAGCCGGGACCUGAACAUGGACAGCAUCAUCGCCGAGAUCAAGGCUCAGUACGAUGACAUUGCCAACCGCAGCCGGGCUGAGGCUGAGUCCUGGUACCGCAGCAAGUGCGAGGAGAUGAAGGCCACGGUGAUCCGGCACGGGGAGACCCUGCGCCGCACCAAGGAGGAGAUCAACAAGCUGAACCGCAUGAUCCAGAGGCUGACGGCUGAGGUGGAGAACGCCAAGUGCCAGAAUUCCAGGCUAGAGGCUGCAGUGAGCCAGGCUGAGCAGCAGGGCGAGGCGGCCCUCAACGAUGCCCGCUGCAAGCUGGCCGGGCUGGAGGAGGCCCUGCAGAAGGCCAAGCAGGACAUGGCCUGCCUGCUCAAGGAGUACCAGGAGGUGAUGAACUCCAAGCUGGGCCUGGACAUCGAGAUCGCCACCUACAGGCGCCUCCUGGAGGGCGAGGAGCACAGACUGUGUGAAGGCGUUGGGGCUGUGAAUGUCUGUGUCAGCAGCUCCCGGGGCGGGGUUGUCUGCGGGGACCUCUGCGUGUCUGGAUCCCGGCCGGUGACAGGCAGCGUCUGCAGCGCCCCCUGCAGCGGGAACCUGGUGGUGAGCACCGGAACAUGCGCCCCCUGUGCGCCCUGCGGCCCCUGCGAUUCCGUCACGUCCUGUGGCCUGGGCGCUGGUGGCGUGAGCUCCUACGGCAUCAGCUCCUGUGGCGUGAACUCCUUCGCCCGGAGCUGCCGGAAGUGUUAG